AUGGCGACGGCGGCGACUGAGGGGGGCGGGGAGCCCCGGGGAGCUGAUGGGGUCUGCCUGGGGGUCCCGGGGGAAGUGGAGGUAGUAAAGGGGCAGCCGUUCGACGUGGGCCCUCGCUACUCGCAGCUGCAGUACAUCGGCGAGGGCGCGUACGGCAUGGUCAGCUCAGCUUAUGACCACGUGCGCAAGAUUCGUGUGGCCAUCAAGAAGAUCAGCCCCUUUGAGCAUCAGACCUACUGCCAGCGCACGCUGCGGGAGAUCCAGAUCUUGCUACGCUUCCGCCAUGAGAAUGUCAUUGGCAUCCGAGACAUUCUGCGGGCACCCACCCUGGAAGCAAUGCGGGACGUCUACAUUGUACAGGACCUGAUGGAGACAGACCUAUACAAGUUGCUCAAAAGCCAGCAGCUGAGCAAUGACCAUGUCUGCUACUUCCUCUACCAGAUCCUGCGGGGCCUCAAAUAUAUCCACUCUGCCAAUGUGCUGCACCGAGACCUAAAGCCCUCCAACCUGCUCAUCAACACCACCUGUGACCUUAAGAUCUGUGAUUUUGGCCUGGCCCGGAUUGCCGAUCCUGAGCACGACCACACCGGGUUCUUGACAGAGUACGUGGCUACACGCUGGUACCGGGCACCAGAGAUCAUGCUCAACUCCAAGGGCUAUACCAAGUCCAUCGACAUCUGGUCUGUGGGUUGCAUCCUGGCUGAGAUGCUCUCCAACCGGCCCAUCUUCCCUGGCAAGCACUACCUGGACCAGCUCAACCACAUUCUGAGUAUUCUGGGCUCCCCAUCCCAGGAAGACCUGAAUUGUAUCAUCAACAUGAAGGCCCGAAACUACCUACAGUCUCUGCCUGCCAAGACCAAGGUGGCCUGGGCCAAGCUCUUUCCCAAGUCAGACCCCAAAGCGCUUGAACUGCUGGACCGGAUGUUGACCUUUAACCCAAACAAACGGAUCACAGUAGAGGAAGCACUGGCCCACCCCUACCUGGAGCAGUACUAUGACCCCACAGAUGAGCCGGUGGCCGAGGAACCCUUCACCUUUGACAUGGAGCUGGAUGAUCUACCCAAGGAGCGACUGAAGGCACUCAUCUUUCAGGAGACAGCCCGCUUCCAGCCUGAGGCACUAGAAGCCACUUAAACUGGACAGAUGCCCCUGCUCCCUGGGGCUUGGCCCUGCCACCUGCCUGCCCCUCCCCUGCUGGACUCUUAGAAAAUGGACACUGCCCAGCCCAGACCCUGGCAGCCCCGGCCAGGGCAGAGGGCGGGCCUGGCCACCUCUCCCUGUGCUUGGACUUCCUGCUUCAGGCAGACCAAGACCUUUUUCCCUUUCUCCCUUUUUCCCCCCCAGGGCCUGAGGGACUCAGGUAACCCCAAAGCAAACUGCCCUCCACCUUGCUCUGCCUGCACUUACCCCAGCUAUCUCAGUCUCUGGUAGUUCUGGAAUCAGGGGGACCUGACUGCCCCCAGCACUUACUAAGGGGUGGCGAGGGGGUGGGGGCACUGAGUAGGGACUUCUGGCUAGCCUUGCUCCACUCACCUCAUCAAAACCCCACCCCGUUUUCCCUGAGGAACAUUCCUAAGUCUCAAGGGCUAGUAUCCCUGAGGAGCAGGGCCCAGGCCUCAGCCCCCUCCCCCGCAAAGCUGCCACAUUUAACGCCCUGCUGCUUCUGUGUGUGGGUGAUCAGAAGUGGAGGUGGGGGCACAUGGCGAGCCCGGUGCCCCCUGCCCACCUCCCUGUGCCUGUAUCUAAUAUAUAAAUAUAGAGAUGUGUACACGGAU